CUUCGUAUCCUACUCCAGAGCUAUCAAAACACCGCAAGCUCGCUCCUCACUCCUCCCGAGUCUUUGCAUACUCGACCGUUUCCACUCAGACAGAACCCGUGCUCGCUGUCAAAAUCACUUUAGACUCGGCUCCCUCUUGCUCUGCUCUCCCCCUUGCAACCCCGCCGCCAUGGUGCUCGGUCGCGUCGCGCACUACGCCUUUGAUGCCGUACUUAUCUCCGCCUUCCUCGCCGGUGUAAAGCGAUCCACAGGUCUUACCCCCAGCGUCCGAUCCGAGCAAAUCACAUCCUCGCCCGACGUCAAGAAAUGGAUCGACAACUACCUCUGGGUCGGCGAGUGGGCGAUGGACCAGAGCGUGAUGGUCAUGGGCGCCACAUCAUACUUUGAGCGGAGACGGGAUCCGUGAUGGGGGAG